AUCACCCCUGCCCCAUAUUACUACACACAGACCUGCUGAAAUACGACACAACACAUCUGCUUCUCUCAUUUCCACACAUGUACAGUUAAAUUCCUGUGUCUAACAGGAGUUAGAACUCACAGAAACUCUACAGGAUCAGCAUCAAACAUGCCUGUAAACUAUAGUGGAACUUGGGACAUAGUGGACAACCACAACUUUGAAGGUUACAUGGUGGCUCUUGGAAUUGAUUUCGCCACACGAAAGAUAGCGGGAAUGCUAAAGCCACAGAAGAUUUUUGAGCAAGACGGAGACUCUUUCACCAUUAAAACUUUAACAACUUUCAGAAAUUACUCCAGUUCGUUUAAAAUUGGAGAAGAGUUUGAGGAAAUCACCAAAGGAUUGGACAACAGAAAAUGCCAGACUACAGUCAACUGGGACAAUGACAGACUCGUGUGCAUUCAAAAAGGAGAAAAGAAGAAUAGAGGAUGGACACACUGGAUGGAGGGAGACACUCUUUAUCUGGAACUUACAUGCGAAGACCAGAUCUGCAAACAAACCUACAAAAGAACUGCCUGAACCACUGUAAAAUAAACCUGCUGUCAUGUAAGAAUACUGUACAAUCUGCAUUAAACAGUUUUUAAUUGAAUGCAUCUUUACAAAAUAAAAAAUAUAUACACAAAUAUC